UCUCGCCGCAUCUAGGCGCGGCGGAAUACAGGUUAGGCCGCGUGUUUUUUAAUAAUGUAUCACACACCCGAGAGGCCGACAGGCGGGACACAUCCCAACGGUCGCACCGCGAGCACGCUGCCGGUGUCACCAGCGCCCACAGACUUCCCCAGGGCNCGAGAUCGAAUUGCUCGCAAGAAGCGAGCACUGCUGCUGAUGCAGUGGCAGCAGUCCUAUAGCCUAUACACCAGCAUGUGGUUCGCUUCCCACGUCGCGGUCAUGUACACUCUGGGUCGCCUGGCCAUCGAUGAUAUCCCGACCGGUGCUGCACGGAGGGACGAAGACAACUUCUUCAGCCCUCAGGAUUGCGUGGAAUUAAUGAGGUUUACGCGAGACCAGAUCGUACUCAUGCUGGAACUGCUCAUGGUGCCUGCCAUCAUUCGGACAGACUGUGGCUUUGUGGUGGGCGGACGAGAGGCUCUUUGCGUGCUGCUGUACCGACUUGCGUUCCCGUGCCGUUUGGAGGACAUGCGUCUGGUUUUCGGCCAGAGCGAAUCCUGUAUCUGCGAGACUUUCAACUGGAUGCUACACUUCAUGGAUUUCAAGUGGGGGUUCCUCCUCUCGCUGGACGUUCAACGGCUGGUACCAAAGCUUCGUACUUUUGCGGAGGCAGUUUACAACAAAGGUUGUCCCCUGACACACUGUUGGGCCUUCAUCGACGGAACUGUGCGCGGUAUUGCAAGGCCUAUACGCAACCAGCGCUUUUUCUACAACGGGUACAAGAGGAAGCACGCUAUCAAGUUCCAAGGAGUCGUGACGCCAGACGGGCUGUUUGUUGACCUGUACGGCGCAGAGGUUGGAACGAGGCACGACGGCUACUUGCUUGCGCAGUCUGCACUACUUGAGAAGCUACAGACCCACCUAAACAGCCCUUCAGGCCACCCGGUUUGCUUGUAUGGUGAUCCAGCGUAAGGUCAGACCAAUCACACACAGUGCCCUUUUAGUGCAUCUGUC